CUGGUCAUAACCUACACAACUUUCCCCAUCAUGGUCGCCAAAAAGGGCUCUGCCAAAAAAGCUGGCGCUCCAUCAUUCGACUCUAUCAUCGAGGCUGAACGACUGAAUCGCAAGAAGAAAGAGAAUCAAGCUCUAGCAGAUCAGUUACUGGGCAGUAAGAAGCGACGAGCUAGUGCUCCGGGGCCCGGGGUUGGGAAUAAGAAGACACCGACCGACAGGAGCCUUGCGAGUAGGAUUGGUGUUGUGAAGCGCUCAGCAUCGACAUCCUCAAAACCGAAAAGUAACACAUUCGCCGCUGCUCGUGCUACAGCAAAACAAACCACACAAACCAAAUCUACUUCUUCACGUCGCUCACGAGAAGAUCGCAUGGUAGAAGACAUCAAUGGUCGGAAAGAUACAAAUGUGAACGUGACCCCUCGCAAACCGACAGAGAUAACAAUUAAGGGAACAGCAGCUACAGGCCCCUUUGUCGUCGUUGGCCGGAAUUUCGCUCCGGGGACUAAUGCCGCCGAUAUCGAGACUGCGAUGGAGCCUGUAGCUGGACAUAUUGUUGGUGUUCAUAUUACGUCUUAUACGCCGUAUGUUAAUGCGCAGAUUGCAUGUGCUGAGAAAUGGGGUGCGGAGGCUAUCGUGGCUCAAUUCAAUGGGCAGAAGGCUGACGGUCGCGUCCUCUCACUCGAAUAUAAAGGUGCCGGUAACUCCUACUUUGGUCCCUCUGCUGUCUCCCGUUCUGCAACCAAUAACUACGACGCUCUCAGAGAACAAGCCGAUCGCGAACGUCGAGAGAGGAAGAAAGUGGCCGAGCCUCAGAUCCAGGAUGAAAGAUACGGGUUCAGUGAUUCUACAGGACAACACAGGCACUCCAACGGAACGAGCACUCGCACCAACCAACACAGCAAUGGACUGCAUAGCGAUAAAAUGAUGGUCGAUGCGCCUGCAGUACCAAUCUCACAGCGUAACCGUGGAUUUCGCUAAUUGAGCGAUUAGGCUAUUAAGAAUUCUUUGAUGUAUGAAUAGUAUAUUCUUGUAUUUCGUUGGAGUUAUUGGGUAAUUAGCGGCGCCAUGGUAUUAGAUUGAUCCUUUUGGAAUGAUAGGAUGAACAUGAUUACUUGUGCAUCAUC